ACUGCACAUACAACGCGCACAUUAUAUAUAAAACGCCAAAACCAUGGUCAAACUUGAGGAAGUCUCCCCCGAACAAUUCGACAAUGUCGAUCAGCAAGCUUUGAGCGACGACGGUGACGACAACUACUCUGACUUUUCCGACGAUGACUUUGACGAUGACGAAGACGAAUCCAUCUUGGAUCGCAUUGCAGCCCUUAAAGAGAUUAUCCCGCUCAAGCACCGCAACAGAUUCUCAUCGAGCGCGUCGACGUUGACUUCAUGGGGUAAGACCGGCGUCACCUUUGUAGGCAAGAGCGCUUGGGUCAUUACCACGUCCAUGUUACUUUUGGUAUUGCCGCUUGCUUUGGAAAUCGAAAAGGAACAGGCCUUGGUGGCUUAUGAAAAGGAAGCCAUGCAGCAGCAGGGUGCUCAACAGGUAACGUAUCAACGUUGGUGGUGGCAAUGGAAACGGUAGCUAUGGUAAUAUUGGGUGUUAACAAGGUAUAAUUUUUUCCAAAUGAUGCGUGAAUGAUAAUAGAUGUUGGUCGGUCAGCAGCCCGGUCAGCCACAACAGCAGCAGCAACCUGGUCAACCCCAGCAGCUUGCUCCUCCCGGCUUCUAGACGAAAUACUUCUCUUCGAAUCCGAGUCAACCACGUUAUCCCCGCUUUUUUUACUCCAUAUACUAGCACAUACUCCCCCUUUUUCUCCCUCUGUCACACGCAAAUACAACUCAACACUCACACACCCAAAAUCCUCGUUGUCUCCAUCAACGCUUGUACAUUUUCGUAACAAAAGAAGUCUCUCCAUGAACAUCUGCAUGGAUUACUAUAUUAAAAGACCAAUAAGGUGUAUAGAUAAAUAA